ACCUUUAAGUACUGCUCGUAAGAAAUCACGUUUUUUUAAGUAUUUAUUUUUUCCUUUAAUCGGUUAACAAGAAUAAAUUACUGUUCACCACAUGAGUUUAACUUCAAUUGCAGAAAGGGGUGACCAGGUAUCCCAAACUUACUAAAAAAAGUAAAGUACAAGAAAAGUCCGCCUUUUUGGGGAAGUCCCGUAGGAAAUCCCCACACUUUUGGAAUAUUAUUUGCGCCAUAGGACACUCCCCGAGUUUUUUUCAAUGUUAACUUUCUAAGCGGGACUAUUAGUGCCUGGGACAUUUCUACCCCGACGAGUACAAAGUUGAUGCUUCAUUUGCUGCUGUGAUACUAAUGGAGUGAUUAGUGUCCUAUCACCAUGUCAGAUCGGAGCAGCGUCGGCGUGGAUCCUGCGUGCCACCUGGCGGACCCGGCGAUGGAAAACUUCCAGGUGGAGAAUGAGGUGCCGAGAACCAAAGCUCAAAGCUUCAACACCAUCAACACGCUGUUCCACGAAUCGUGCCGGGAGGUCGGCGUACUGACGCACCAGAUGCGCCAAAAGGACGGUCUGAUAACCGAUCUCAGAGCCAGACUGGCCAGAUACGAGGGCGCCAGCGUGCGGCAGGACGGAGAGGAGCCCGUCGUCUUUGGGCCCUCUAAAUCUUUGAUAGACACCCUAUUUGAAGAGAUUUCAAUGCUGAAACAAGAACUUAAAGAUACUGAGAGACAGGCGGCCCAGCAGUCGGAGACGAGCAAACUGGAGAUGGAGAGAUUGCGGCAGCAGGUAACUGCCCUGGAGCAGGAGACGUACCGGCUGACGCGGCAGCCCGAGCAUGAGAAGGACCUGGAGAUCCAGCGUUUGCGGCGGGCGCUUAGGGAGCAGGACAAGGCGCAGGCUACCAGGACCGUGCUGUGCAACUCGCUGGCCGAGGAAGCAGAUCAGCUCCGGUCUCAGCUCGGGACCACGGUGCGGGUGUGUCAGGACCUGCUCCGGCGUAUCGAGGGCAAGAACGAGCCUCUUGGCUCGGUCGACAGCAAGACGCAUGCGCCACAAGGCAUAAAGUUUACAGAUUCCGCGGCUGCACAGCAGUUCACUGCACUAGAGUUGAAACUUCAAAAGGAGAAUGAAGUGUUAAAACAGCGCGUGGCCUAUGUAGAGAGCCUGAACGCCAAGUGGCAGAAAUACGACUCAAGCCGGGAGGAGUACGUCAAGGGCCUGUGUCAGAAGCUGAAGGAGCUCAACGUGGGGCUGCUCCAGCAGGAGAUCGGGAGACUCAACCAGCUGUUGCAGCAGAAGAUCGAGGAGUGUGACAGACUGAGCAGGGAGCUGGAGGAGUCCAAGCGAGCUGACAGGGAGCGCAUCGACAUGCUGGAGCAGCAGGUGCUCACCUACGUGGACGACUUCAAGUCCGAGCGGGCCGACCGCGAGCGGGCACAGAGUCGGAUUCAGGACCUGGAGGAGAAGGUCAGGCAACUCGAGCAGCAGCUCCGUCAGCAGGAUUCCCUAGACCGGUCGUCCUCCUGUAGAAUGCCAUGGGACUCGGGACGGACACACACCAGCACCGCUGACAGCGAGCCCUUGAUGAGGAGCAGCGCCGAGCGGCAGGGGACGAGUCGGCAGGGCAGCGGGUCGACACAGGGGGCCACACGGGCCGAGCGGCCGAGUCCCACCCAGCUACAGUGCCCCCACUGUUACACCCAGUACGAUGACGAGCACACGGUUGAAUACUGGAGACACUGUGACGAGUGCGUCCACUUUUGACUGCAAGGAGCUCGCUGCACAAACUGAACAAAGAUUAUUUAUUACAAACUCACAUUCUGAGCACUGAUAAAGCACUACAAGGCCACAAGGCCUGUAAACAGCUUAAUAUUAACUCAGUAUUUUAUAUAUUUUAGUAUAUAUAUUAAUAUCAUUGAAACUAUGAAAAGAACUGUAAUUUAUGUAAUUUAUACAGCCAAUUUGACAUCGUGUGAGGACAUCUGUCAGGAGUAUUUUGAAUUUUUUUAGAUGUGUUUUCAGGAUUGCACUUACAAAGCACUUGUUAUUUGUAACAAACUAUUAAAUUAUUAUAUAAUGAAGCAUUUUGAACUUAAAAUGUCAAGUUAUUUUUUUACAUCACGAAAUAGGUCAAUGGGGAAAUUCCCAAAUCUAGCAAAUAGAUUUACAAGUAUACCUCAGCUAAAUUUAUUCAGCUUCUCUACUGAGUUAUGUUAAAUCAGACACUGUCUGUUGAAACGUUGCACUUUUUCGAUUCAUGAAUAUGGUGUGUGUACAGCAUACUAUAGAAUAAUUACUGUUAGAGAAAGAAUGAGGUCUUUUGUAUGUGUUUCAUUUUUAGGUGAUUUUUUUUAACUGUUCUACUGGUGCUGUUUUCAUUUAUGUAUAUUGUUUGUGAAUUUUUAUGUUGCUUUUAAUUUGUCUUGUUCUAAAAAGACAUUUAAAAAAAUAAAUACUAAUAUCUCAAUUGAGAUGGUUAACCCCUAGA